AUUCCAGCAACAACACAUGCCUCGCCAUCACCAGAUGGCCAUUACAUUGCUGGUCUAACUCCCGACCACCUCUAUGUUUAUUACACGGCAACUCUGACCAUUGCGUCUUCAUUUCCACUUGACAAUUCGAACGUCCCAACAACUCGAUCUGCUGAAACACCCGCAAUACAUUGGACACCAUGUUCGCUUUCUAUCAUUCUUCAGACCAGCAGUUAUGUGUCACUCUACAGCCUAGCGAAUACAGCUAGCAGGGUGAGGAUUGCCAAUGGAAGCGCCAGCUUGGGUAGAAUAGCAAGUGUCGAUGUUUUUGGUGAUAAUGUUUUUGUAGUGUGGGAAUUUGGCAGAGUCGGUAUCUUUGAGGUUUCGAGGGGUCGAGUCACAGAGGUUGGUGAACUGAAGACUGGCAUUGGAAGCUUGAAAUCUGCAUGGGGAGUCAGGAGAGUCAAGGGUAGAGCUGAAGCAACGGAUGUUUUGUCCUUGAUAUUGGCUUCGUCGACUACGCCUUUCACGACCAUCAAUGUACCGACAACCGAUGCUCAAUCAUUAGCUUGGAGCCCAUCAGGUAAAUGGUUGAGCAUACUAGACACACCAUUGAGCGCGCCAAACUCCGCCUUGCACAUAUGUACCGCAGACGGCAACUUCUAUCGCAGUUAUCCUCCCACGGGUUCUGUACCCACUGAGGAGACUUAUGCAUUAGGUCCUCUGCGUCAAGAAUGGGGAUCCAAACAUCUUGCUCUCGCCAAUGCAGAUGGUAGCAUCACUCUCCUCUCUACAACCACCUUCUCUCCAGUAUGUACCUUUGAACCAUGGACAAUGGCUGAAGACGACAUCUCAGCCGUAUACCGCGAACAAGUAAGCGGCAAAGGCGACCGCAACUGGACUUAUCUAGGCAACGGCGACGACACUACGUCUCAACUUCUAGCAUCUUACUCGCCAGCCAUUGAGAUGAAAUUCGAUGCAGCUGGUAAAUAUGUUGCUUUCCGACUCGAGGCGUUCCCGGAAAGCGUGGUUGUUUGGAAGAUUCCCUCAUCUAAGCCUAUCUUCGCCUCUACCUCCCAUGAUACCGAGCGAGAACUAGAAAACAACGAGGACCAAAAUACCUCGAUAUUGGUUUUACACCAUCAUACCACUGUCAAGAAGCUUCAAUGGCAUCCUACAAUCUCUGGUCUUUUGCUAUCGCACACAGAAGACAACCAGGUCUACCUGUCCUCGACCACAGGCGAGACAAACGCACCACUACACCUCUCUCAUCCCUUUUCCACCCACGCAGCAUCUUCGUCAACUUCUUCUACUCCACCUACCGACCUUUUGAGUGUCCAUUGGGUAGCCUCCACCAUCCUCAUCACAACCAAAAAACGCGGCUGGGUCAUCGCAUACCCCUUCGGUGCACCCUCGGCUCCUUCGUCACCAGUUCAACCCAAAUCCUCGGCUGGGACGGAUGGAAAGGAAGAUCACGAUGGGCAAGAAGAAGUUAGUGAAGAUUCAUUGUAUGAUAUACUCAGUGGGCGAACACCGUUGCCUGCACCGAGGAUCUCUGAUGAUUAUUUACCAGAGGAUUCGGAGGUUGAAGGAGAAGGAGAGGGUGAUCGAGAUGAGCUCAAUGAUACGUUCAGAGGCAAGGGCACUGCGGGUACCAUCGGGAGUUUUGAGUACUAG